AUGUCAAAUUCUGUGGAUAAUACACCAAAUGGACAAAUCGACUCAGAAAUCGCCGCCGUUUUGAAGGUAAACUUCAAAUUCUCCUUUAUAAUCAAUUAUUCAAAAUUUGAAAUUUCAGGAUAUGUUGGAAUUGAAAUUGAAAGCGCCGAAUGCGGCAAACAGUGCGGAUUUGGAUGCGUUGGAAAUGGUGAGUUGCUUUUGAGCACAAAUAUUCAUUAUCAAAUUUAAUUUUUGCAGAAAUUAGUCGGACUCGAUAUCAAUAAACUAUCAUCAGCUCAACAACCUUUGCCUAUUCAAGAAGACAUCGCUAAAAUGAAAGAAGUGAGUUCCUAUACUUGAAAUUAUUGGAAACAGUAAUAUUUUUGCAGCUUGUUGCUCAAUUCCGCCGCGAUUUGGCAAAAAUUCGCGUGAGUUGAUUUUUAUAAUUAUUUUUUUGCUGUGAAAUAAUUAUUCUGUUUUUAGGAGGAAGAUGCUAAACGACUUCAAGCUUCACGUCACUUUGGAUUCUAA